AACUGCUAAACGUCGUUAGGCUUUAGCUUCUGGAGAGCGUCAGAGAGGGAACGAGGGCGGCUAAAUUUUUGCAAUGCCGAAUAAAGCGAAAAAAGAGAAGGAGUCGGGAAAAGUUGUCAAAACCGGAGGUCAGGAAAACGACCAUGAGCAGGGUUCCAAUAGGAAAGGCAGUAACAGCGUCCCUCCCGCCACUCAGCUGCUGAAGGGCAAGCAGCCGGGUUCCCAGACGCCGGUCAAGAAGGACAAGAGGCAGAGCUCGUCCCGCUUCAGCCUCAGCAACAACAGAGAGCUGCAGAAGCUGCCUGCCUUCAAAGAUGUCCCUCCGGCUGAGCAGGAAAAGUUGUUUGUCCAGAAGCUGCGUCAGUGCUGCGUCCUGUUUGACUUUUUGUCGGACCCUCUGAGCGACCUGAAAUGGAAGGAGGUGAAGCGGGCAGCGCUCAGCGAGAUGGUGGAGUACAUCACCCACAACAGGAACGUCAUCACAGAGCCCAUCUACCCAGAGGUGGUGCACGUGUUUGCAGUGAACAUGUUCAGGACAUUGCCUCCAUCAUCCAACCCCACAGGGGCUGAGUUUGACCCCGAGGAGGAUGAGCCCACGCUAGAGGCCGCGUGGCCACACCUCCAGCUCGUCUACGAGUUCUUCCUCCGGUUUCUGGAGUCUCCAGACUUUCAACCAAAUGUGGCCAAGAAGUAUAUCGACCAGAAAUUUGUAAUGCAGCUAUUAGACCUGUUUGACAGUGAAGACCCCAGGGAAAGGGACUUUCUGAAGACCACUCUGCAUCGCAUCUACGGAAAGUUCCUGGGCCUGAGAGCGUACAUCAGGAAACAGAUCAAUAACAUAUUCUAUAAGUUCAUUUAUGAAACAGAACGUCAUAACGGAAUAGCAGAGUUAUUGGAAAUAUUAGGAAGCAUAAUCAAUGGCUUUGCCUUACCGUUGAAAGAGGAGCACAAGAUCUUCCUGUUGAAAGUGUUGCUGCCUUUACACAAAGUCAAGUCCCUUAGUGUGUAUCACCCACAGCUGGCUUAUUGCGUGGUGCAGUUUCUAGAGAAGGACAGCACUCUCACAGAACCGACGGUGAUGGCUCUGUUGAAGUACUGGCCGAAGACGCACAGUCCAAAGGAGGUGAUGUUCCUCAAUGAGCUGGAGGAAAUCCUGGACGUCAUCGAACCCUCGGAGUUCGUCAAGGUCAUGGAGCCUCUCUUCAGACAGCUGGCCAAGUGUGUGUCCAGCCCUCACUUCCAGGUGGCAGAGAGAGCGCUGUACUACUGGAACAAUGAGUACAUCAUGAGUCUGAUCAGUGACAAUGCUGCCAGGAUACUCCCUAUUAUGUUCCCCUCGCUCUACCUCAACUCCAAGACCCACUGGAACAAGACGAUCCACGGUCUGAUAUACAACGCCCUGAAGCUCUUCAUGGAGAUGAACCAGAAGCUGUUUGAUGACUGCACACAGCAGUUCAGAACAGAGAAGAACAAAGAGAAGGCCAAGUGGAAAGAGAGAGAAGAGGCGUGGGUGAAGAUUGAGAAUCUGGCCAAGUCCAACCCUCAGUUCCUGGUGUACGUGGACCCGUCAGACCUGGGUAGUCCUAUGGAGACAGACGGACCAAUGAUGGAGGAUGUUAACAUCUUGAAGAAGACCAUAGAGGAAGAAGCCACACAGCUCCAGAGGAAGGAGCGUAAGGAGCGUCCGCUGGUCAGGAGGAAGUCUGAGCUGCCUCAGGACAUCUCUACUGUCAAGGCCCUGGAGACGCACCGGAGGGCCAAUGAUAUGGUCACACCACACGACGGACACUAAAGACACACACACGUACAGACAGUCUCUCUCACACACACACAAACAAACACACACAUACAGUCGCACACACACGUGUACAGACAGUCACACAUACAGUCAGACACCACAUACUGACAGACAGACCAGCCCCGGGGGGCCCAGAACAGUCCAGCACAGACAAGGUCCAGAAUAGAACAAAACAGAAUGGCCUGGCUGAAAGAAGCUGCAGCUCAAACAACUCCACCAGUCCAACUCUGAAGUGUUCCCCAGUUCGCUCCAGCCCUGCCAGGAGAUGUCAAUGGCACAGGACUGUAUGGCAUGACCACCAAACAUGACAUUGUUCCCCUCGCCCGCCCUCCCUCUCUCUGUCUUGUAAAAGCAGUGCUGUUCCCUUCUGGUCAUUUUUCUCAGGUCUUCUGUUAUUGUUUUAAUUUGGUUUCUUUCUGUUUUUCUCUCAUCCUCAUUCUAGAUGUCAUGUGCACUGGCAAUAGGACUGGCAGACAGACAUGUAUUAUAGAUGCAUACUGUACGUAAUGGGCAAAGGAAGAAGCAGUUUAGUCUCCUCUCUCAGCAUAGAGAGGAAAGCACAGUCCUUCUCUCUCAUGUUUAUUCUUUGUUGCCUAGUUACUGCUGCUAUUGCCAUAAGCGUAAUUUUUCUCUUGUUUCUUGUGUUCUGCUAGGAUUGAUUUGAUGGGAGGGGAAUUAUUGGGGACCGUCAAGAGACGUAAUAAAGUUGUGGCUCUAAAUGUGCUUGGCUGAGUGAAAGGGGGGUUCUUCUGUCCACUGGACAUCAGCUGGUCUGUACAGACCUAGUUUGGUGCCAACCUCACUCUUGCUUUUUCUCGCUUUUUAAAAAACGUAUCCGCCCUUUCUUAGCUGUAUGAUAUUGUAUGCAAUAAGUUGUCCCAGGUUGCAGUGUGUUUGGUUGGUUCGAACAAUGGUUAAUGGUUUUCUAAGACUGAGGGCACAGCACAUCAAUUGUUUUCUGGAUCCGCUAGAGUUCACUGUCCAUGUGAACACGCCAAUCUCAUUCCCUGUCGGUCUGUUUUUGUCUUCAUUCAUAAUCAGUAUUGAUCAAGACAUCCAAGUCAUGUUAGUGUUGUGAAAAGUGUGGUCCGUGUUCUAGUUCAGUGUUUAGACUCCCUUUGAGCUGUAGUGUGUGAGGAGCUGUACUGGGCUACACACAGAGGAAUACCUGCUCCUCACAACCAAGACCCCUCUCUUUCUGAUGUUGCUUUUCUACGUUGGGAAGUAGUAGCCUAGUUCAGUCAUAUAAAGAUAAUUCUGUCUGUAGUCAGUCAAAAUUCAUCACAAGCCUUUCCUUUCAUAGUGCCUUUAUUGAACACGCGGCUAAACUGAGAGUAGAAUAGCAGUGUUAUGUGAAUGCAGAACCAUGUUCAAUUUAGCAUUAGCUUCCCAACAGACCAGAGAGACGCACGUUGAAACACAAUGACACACACCCACAGAGUAUUUAGUAUGUAUUUAGGGCCAUGUUUGGUGUAAAAUGCAUACGAGCUGGUUUUUGUUAAAUCUACAAAGCAGAUCAAUGAUUGUGGUCAAGCUAGAGAGGAGUGGGUAAGCCCCAAAGACUUAACAUAGAAGCACUUCCUGAUAAAACUUGAAGAAUAAAAACCCAAGAUCCAAAAUGAAUGAAUCAUUCGUGCUGUCUGGUCUGAGUUACGUCAGUUCCUCUGUGUGCCUGAUGAAAAAGGUGUAGAGAAGGAUGCUUCUCAUUCAACCUGAUCUUAUUACCCCACGCCCUGUUCCAUUUAGGAUGUCCCCCAAAUGGCACCUUAUUCUAGAGCCCGAUGGACCGUGAUCGAAAGAAGUGCACUAUAUAGGAAAUAGUGUGCCAUUUUUAAGAUGUAGGCAGAGUAUUGAUGUGAUACAACACCAUUGUUUGAGUCCCCAGACAGACAUGCACUCUGGCUGUAUCCCUGUAGAGAAGCUCUGUGUGUGAGACACUACUUCUGGAUGUGUGCAGGGUCUUUUCCAUUGCCUGCAAAAACUCUGAUGUUCAGAUUGAAUGUGCAAAUUGUAAAUAUACUACUAUUACUAUCA